CCUCGCGCAGCCUCAUUGCUCCAACGAGCCCAGUAACGUCAGGCUUCAGUGUAUAUGUGUGUGUAUGUGUGAGUGUGAGUGACCACACGGCGGAGCUCCGUUUGGCACCGACACGCACCAUGCUGCUGGAGCCGAGCAGAGGCGCCUCGGCGGUGGGGUGCUGUUAAUCGCCAGAGGCGGCGGGGGGAAAAAAACAAAAAAAACCGGGAGGUGAGAGAUGCGGGCGCCUCGUUUAAAGGAACCCCGCUGUUGUGUUUGUCCUCACUGUCAACAACAGUCCCGCAGCUCCGCUCACGCCUCUUCUCGGCUCAUUUAACGGCGCCGCACCGAGGGAACCACCAGGACUAUGUGAGCACCAUGCUCGCUGUGAGAUGCCUGCUGUUCGCUGCAGUGUGCGCACGGUGCGCCGUGACAGGUCUGAGGGAAUGGAGGAGUGUGGAGAGGAAGCUGCCGCCUGCAGAGGAGGUCGUUCAGCCCAAGCGGCUCCUGCAACAGAUCCACUCCCAGGAGGAGCUGCUCCACAGCCGCCUGGACACCCGGGUCAACAACCACACAGCCGGAGUGCAGCCGGUCCAUCUGGCCCAGAGCAGCUUCCUGGUAGAGGCCUUUGGCAUAUCCUUCAUCCUUGACCUGGAACUCAACCACAACCUCCUGUCUACAGACUAUGUGGAGCGUCACUAUGAAGAGGAUGGGCAGCUGUCGCAGAAUAUGGGAGGAGAACACUGCUACUACCAUGGACGUGUGCGGGGGCUGCCGGGUUCCUGGGCUGCUCUGUCCACCUGCCAUGGCCUACGGGGGAUGUUUUCUGAUGGGAACUUCUCGUAUGGGAUUGAACCUCUUAGCAGUGGCGAGGAACAGAAUGACCACGUCGUAUACCGAAUGCCGGACAUCGACCUCUUUCCACCUCCCUGUCCAGGAUGCUCCGUGAACAGCACAGAGCCUGAGGGUCAGACAGAUGUCCACAGUGAAGGAGACACUGAGCUGAAGGAUGGAGACGACUGGUCUGAGGAGGAGAAGCCCGUCUUUACAGGAGGACGGAGACGCUCAAAGAGACAAGUGCGGCGAGGCCAGCGCACCGUCCAGACUGAGACCAAGUACAUCGAGCUGAUGGUGGUCAAUGAUCACGAACUGUUUGUGCAGCUCCGUCGGUCGGCCACUCAGACGAAGAACUUUGCCAAAGCAGUGGUGAACAUGGCCGAUGCGAUCUACAAGGAGCAGCUCAACACUCGCAUCGUCCUGGUGGCCAUGGAAACCUGGUCUUCUGAAAACAGGGUCUCCGUGGGCGACGACGCCUUGCUCACCCUGCGCGACUUCAUGAAGUACAGGAAGGAGAGCAUCAAGGAGCGCUGCGACACUGUUCACCUCUUCUCCGGGAGGACGUUCAUGAGCAGCCGCAGUGAGGCAGCCUACAUCGGGGGCAUCUGCUCGCUCACCAGGGGUGGAGGAAUCAAUGAGUUUGGCAGUGUGGGCCCCAUGGCCAUCACACUGUGUCAGAGUCUCGGCCAGAACAUCGGCAUGCUGAGAAACAAGGAGCGACCGGCUGCUGGAGACUGCAGGUGUCCAGACCCAUGGCUGGGCUGCAUCAUGGAGGAUACAGGUUACUACCUGCCCAGGAAGUUCUCUCGCUGCAGUAUAGACGAGUACCUGCGCUUCCUCCAACAAGGAGGAGGCAGCUGUCUCUUCAACAAGCCCAGCAAGUUGCUAGACCCGCCAGAGUGUGGGAAUGGAUAUGUGGAGCUGGGAGAGGAAUGUGACUGUGGAUCACUAGUGGAGUGUGCACGGAGCGGAGCAAACUGCUGUAAGAAGUGCACCCUUACGCACAAUGCCAUGUGCAGCAACGGCCUCUGCUGCAGGGACUGCAAGUACGAGCUGAGAGGGGUGACAUGCCGUGAUGCCGUUAACGACUGUGACAUCGCUGAGACCUGCACAGGAGAUUCCAGUCAGUGUCCUCACAAUGUCCACAAACUGGACGGCUACAUGUGUGAUGCCGGACAGGGUCGUUGUUAUGGAGGUCGCUGUAAGACAAGAGACGGCCAGUGCAGAAGUCUGUGGGGCUACAACUCGGCUGACAGGUUCUGCUACGAAAAGCUGAACUCUGAGGGCACCGAGAAAGGAAACUGUGGCCCGGACACCAGUGGUCAGGGAUGGGUGCAGUGCAACAAGCAAGACGUCCUGUGUGGUUUGCUGCUGUGCACCAAUCUGACAGCCAGGCCGAGGUUUGGUGAGCUGCAGGGGAAGCUCACCAGUCUGACCAUCCACCAUCAGAACAGAUACAUGGACUGCAGGGGCGGCCAUGCAGUGCUGGACGACGGCUUGGAUCUGGGCUACGUGGAGGACGGGACGCCUUGUGGGCCAAACAUGAUGUGUUUGGAGCGUCGCUGCCUCCCCGUCACCACCUUCAACCUCAGCACCUGCCCCGGCUCUUCACCCUCACGCAUCUGCUCCCACCACGGGACUUGCAGUAACGAGGUGAAGUGUAUCUGUGAUCCGGACUACACUGGUAAGGACUGCAGCGUGUUUGAUCCCAUCCCCAUCCCCACUCCUCCUGAGGGACCAGAGAAAUACAAAGAAACAUCCGAAGAGGAAGAUCUUCGGGAGUUUGAGUCGUAUCUCUGUGCUCCCCUGUCUACCUUACACUGUGUCCAGUCUGCUCUGAGGAGAAAAAACAAACGAUGUCUUCCACUUACGAGCCCCUCAGACCUUUUUUUUUUUUUCCUCUUUGCUUUUCUGAUUUCAUUGCUGUUCUCCUCCUGGAAAUUAUGACACAUUCUCACCAGAUCUGAACGCCUGUCGAGGUUUGUCUGGUUACAAAUGUCCAGGUAGACAUCGUCAGUAUCAACCUUUCAGUUUUCUCUUCCCUUGCACUGGUUAUAGCCGUUCUUCUGCCAUAUCGACUGUUAUUAUGCUUUUCACCCCUUUAAGUGUUUUAAUGGAAGAAGGCUGUGUUCCUCUCCUAGUCUGGAGCCUUCUGUUAACAUAUUUAACCUCACGGAGAACACGACCACCUCUUUUCAGUGGUGUAACUGCAAUAGAAGUGUAUAAAUAUCACCAAAUAGUGAAUGGUUGACAUUUUAUCUGUCUAGACGAGGGUUAUUUUUGUGUGCUAGGCAUUUACAUUCCACAGUAAGAGCCAUACUUAUGCUGCCUUUCAUUAUCAAACAGUAGCCCACCCUAAAUCAAUGCUUCUACAUAAUAUGCAUUAAUGUAUGAAUGUAUAGUUCAGGCCUGCGAGGGAGAUAGUUGUGUCUUGACUUUCCCGCAGCCAAGCUGGAUAGACAGUUGCACAUGCACACAUCGAAUGUUUUAUCCCGCUGUAUGAUAUGUAAUCCAUAUACAACCAAUAUGCAUACGAGUAUGCUGAACAUGGGUGCUGAUGUACAUAGUGUAUUAUAAGGUUGACUCGUUUAGACAGCAGUGACUCACUGCCGCUCUGAAUUGAAGCACAAAUCUGGAGAGAGACGACUCUUCCUGACUCUCAGCUUAAAACUGCUUAUUUUGAAAAUUUAAUUAGGUUUCAGAUCUUUGCAGUUUGUAUAUUUUUGGGAAGCCUGAGCCUCCUUGUGUUGGCUACACUCCCCCAAAUGGUAGAGUGUUGUACGUUUUCGCACAUGCCUUUGAGAGAUUUUCAAAUUUCAAGCUGCAGAAUUAUGACCUAGAUGGCAGAUUUCCAGGCUCAGAUCCAACACAGGAAUUCCCUCCAUUCCACUUAGAUACAGAAAUUAUAAUUUGGCUUCUGUCCGAGCUGAGGUAGGAGUAUAGAUUAUUAAAAAAAAAAAGUGAUUUCAAACAUGCUUUAUCUGUAAUUGGCUUCGGAUGAAUGAAUUCUGACCAAGCAGAUCCAUAUAAUAAGCAAUAAAUAUGUACAUUACAAAUACAAUUAAUUACCACGGUGUGUUCAAGGUGAAAAACGUCACAACAAGUUGAAAAUCCUGCUGCUUUUAUGAGCGUCGCUCUCUCCGUUCGUCCUCUCUGGACAUCGGAGAGUCUUAAAUCAGGUUUAGGAGACAUCCUGUGGCUGUUGAUACCUACAGAGACUGCUCGAGAAGCUUCAAUUCACCAAUAACAACAAAAGGAACUGUGCAACAGCACAAGAAGAGAUGAUCCAAGUUACACUGCCAGUCAACCUACAGUAGCAUUGAAGGGAUAUGUUGACAUUUUGAGUAGAGGUCAAUGACAUUCCCAAUCAACAAAUAUGGAAACUGUUCUUUGCAGACGAGAUGCUAACUUAAUUCAGGUAAAUUUAAAAUGUCACCAUGUUCCUUUAAUCAUACUUGAACUCUGUAUAAAUACUCAAGGACAGACUUGGCUGAAAGGUCACACUGUGUUUACCGCCACUGUUUGUGAUCACACGUCGUAGUUGGACUCAUCGGAACAUUUUGGCACCAUUCUCACGUGGAAGUCAACAUCGCUUAGUCUUACAGGAAGGUAGCCAGUAUUAGCUUUCUAUGUAAAUAAUCAUAUUACUGUAUAUUAAAAAUACAUAUUAAAACAUA